AUGUCCUUCCUCGGAGGCGCCGAGUGCUCGACCGCCGGCAACCCGCUCAGCCAGUUCACAAAGCACGUACAGGAUGACAAGUCGCUGCAAAGAGAUCGCCUGGUCGGCCGGGGGCCGGGCAUGCAGGAGGGAAUGCGCAGUCAAGCCAUGCCUGGAGGCCAAGAGCAUAUGAUGGACGAAUUCAUGCGCGAGCAAUCCCACCUCCCCCAAGGCGCCGGCCCGGCCUCGCCAUUCGCCAUGGAGCAGAUGCGCCGAGAGCUGGAGCAAGCCUCGCGUGCCCAACACAAUGCCUCGCCCGCUUGGGCCGCCGAAUUCGACGCCGGCAGAGAAGCAAGUCCCGUCGGCCCCGCCUUCCAAAACGCGCGCCCGGGUUUCAGUGCUGCAGAGUUUGCCAAGUUCGAACAGAUGGGAACAAACGCACCAGGCAGAACAGCAAGUCCGGUUACAAGCGGCCCCGCGGGGAUGAUGGGCUACCAGCGUCCCAUGUACGGCAUGGGGAUGGGCAUGGGCAUGGGAAUGGGAAUGGGCAUGAUGGGAUCUCCUAUGAUGCACAAUCAACAGUUUCAGCAAGCUCCGCAAGAGUCCAAGGGCAAGGAGCGGAUGGUGGAGCUUGAUGACAAGGACUGGGAGGCCCAAUUCGCACAACUCGAGACGACAGGCCAGCAAGACAUGGAUGCUUUGGACAAGGAAGCGAAUGCAGCAAUGGAGGCGGAGUUGAAUGACAUAGACAGGUCAGUCCUUUCCGAGACUAACGAGUUUGGCGGUUUUGAAAGCAUUUGGCGGGGCAUACAAGCUGAGACCGCAAAUGCCAGAGCUCUCGCGGACGACGAUUUCACUCAAAAUAUGCACAUGGGCGAUUUGGAACAAUGGGAGGGCUUCGAUGGCCUGAACACACACUCCUCCCUGCGCGACCCGAGCAUGGGCGACUACAUGUUUGAGCAGACGAACCCUUUUAAGGACGUCACCGAUCCAUUUGCAGAAGGGCUCGCCAUCUUACAGAAUGGUGGCAACUUGUCUUUGGCCGCGCUCGCUUUCGAGGCGGCAGUGCAAAAGGAUCCUCAACAUGUCGAGGCGUGGACGAAACUGGGUGCAGCCCAGGCACAGAACGAGAAAGAAUCUCCGGCAAUUCGAGCCUUGGAGCAAGCCAUGAAACUUGAUCCUAAUAACCUCGAGGCUCUCAUGGGUCUCGCCGUCUCUUAUACGAACGAAGGGUACGACAGCACCGCCUACAGGACGCUGGAGAGAUGGCUUGCCACCAAAUACCCGCAGCUCAUCAAGCCUGAAGACGUCUCCACGGCCGCUGACGUAGGCUUCACGGACCGCCAUCUCCUGCACGAGAAGGUGACGGAUCUGUUCAUCAAGGCGGCGCAGCUUUCGCCGGCGGGAGAGCAGAUGGACCCGGACGUCCAAGUCGGGCUGGGGGUGCUCUUCUACGGCGCGGAGGAGUACGACAAGGCGGUCGACUGCUUCGGCUCAGCGCUGGCCAGCACGGAAACUGGCACCAGCAACCAGCAGGACCAGGUGCACCUGCUGUGGAACCGGCUGGGCGCGACGCUGGCAAACUCGGGGCGCAGCGAGGAGGCCAUCGACGCCUACGAGCGCGCGCUGGCACUGCGGCCCAACUUCGUGCGCGCGCGCUACAACCUCGGGGUCAGCUGCAUCAACAUCGGCUGCUACGAGGAGGCGGCGGAGCACCUGCUCGGCGCGCUUGCGAUGCACAAGGUGGUCGAGCAGGAGGGCCGCGAGAAGGCGCGCCAGGUCGUGGGCGACAACGUCGACGAGGCGGAGCUCGACCGGAUGAUCAGCCAGAACCAGAGCACGAACUUGUACGACACGCUCAGGCGAGUCUUCAGCCAGAUGAACAGGCGAGACCUGGGCGACAUGGUCGGCCCUGGCAUGGACAUUGAGAAGUUCAGGAAGGACUUUGAGUUCUGA